AUGGAUUUUGUUUCAUUGGAAGAAGUCAAGGCUAUGCUGAUAGCUGGAAAAACCUACAGAUGUAUAUCAGAGGAAUUGAAGGCUUUGUAUCCGCAAAAGAGAGGAUUCUCAGAACGUAGCGUGAGACGCUUUGUGGCUAAAAGAAAUCUAAAGAAAAUUUGUUGCCAUGAAAAAUUAUAUAUUGUCAAUCAAAGUAUUCGAGAGGUUGGCAGCUUGUACGGUAGAAAAAUGAUGAAAGGGUACCUUGCUUCAAAAGGAGCUUCCAUUUCUGAACGUGAUUUGAAAAAGCACUUACCUCUUCUAUCUCCACAGUGGCAUAGCGCCAGGCAUCAAUCCUCAAGUGAAAGGUCAAACCCUCUUAUUUAUACAUCGCACUAUUUCGGUCACAAACUUCACGUAGACCAGAAUGAAAAAUUGGUGCAGUAUGGAGUAACGUAUGUGCUCGCUCGCGAUGGGUAUUCCGGGAAAAUAGUUGGCCAAGCUAUCAUGGCAGUGAAAAACAAUGCUAUUAUAUAUGAACAUGUUUAUCGGACUUGUACUCUUGAAUAUGGACUAUGGGACGAAAUAAGGGUUGACCACGGUAAAGAAUUCUAUCUACUACUCUACAUGCAUGAACAGCUUCGAAAAGAAGGCAGAGGCAAUCCCGAUGUAAGUCCAUACCUUCAAACAAGUUCCACAGCAAACCACAUUAUAGAGCGUAUUUGGGUUGAAGUCAAUCAAAGGGUGACCUAUCCAAUUAAAAGGGUGAUUAUCAUCAUGGACGACUGCCGACUAAUCAACAUGGAGAACAGCGUUGAUAAGUACUGUGUUUCUGUUGUUUUGAGGAGGAUAUGUAUGGUUGGCCUACAAAGAAUGAUAAACGCUUGGAAUAGCCACUCAGUGCCACGGAAAGGCAUCCCCAAUGUGUUGCAAAGCCAAAACAAUGGCACAACACCGAUGGACCCGGCUGAUGUUCCUUCAGUUGACAAUGCUGUCGCUGCGUACAGAGAGCAAGGAGGUAGUCUAACAGAUCCACACGAGUUUGGUUCAGACCCUUUAAUAGAUGAUGCGACACUAUUGCAGCAGCGGGAAGAUGAUUGGUUAGGCAGGUGUGCGAGCACAGAAGAAGUGUACACCCAACUUAUGUGCAAUGACUCGCAACCUCUCCAAAAUUCGAUUUUACACUAUAUUGAAAUUACAAAAAAUCUUUCUAAUUAA